AUGUCAAGAAGAUAUCCUGAAGAUUGUCUUGAAUGUAAUGGUUUUUGUUUGUACGCAAGAUUUGCAAGAAGGGAUGUAGUGCUAACCUUAGUUCAUGAUGAACAAAAUUCUCAAAUCAAUAAAUUUAAAUGCCCUAAUCAAUUUACUCAACAACCUCCUUUCCAACCACUUAUUUUUAAUAGACCUCAGCACUCUCGUGUUUAUGGACCCGAUCAAUUUCCUCAGCACCCUUGUAUUAACGGAUCUGAUCAACUUCCACAAAUUACUGAGAUCAACAAUGUUAAUAAUGAAAAUUAUAUUCCAGCUGAGCCUAAUCCGCAUAUUCAACACUAUAAUAAUCAAGCCAUUAGAAAUUACCAAACUCAACCCCAUUGA